GGACCAUGUGGGAUGCUGCAAGGCGCACUUCUUGCCCAUUCACGAGCUACGGCGCAGGGAUUUAUGGAGACACUAAUAAAGAGGGUAUGGUCAUGCCUUGAAAAACUAUGAACUCAUAUAAGACUAAUCCUGAUAAUUGGUAAAUGAGCAUACUGCCACACAAUCUCAGUAGACACCACAUUCAAGGAUGAGGAACAAAUAUGCAAUCCUCAUCAUUUGCAUUGUGGUGCUGGUCAUCAUUGAAAAAGAAAACAACAUUAUAUCAAGGGUUUCAGAUAAGCUGACACUCAGACAGAUGCUGCAAACCCCGCAGACCAUGGCAGAGUUCACAGUGUCUGCUCCUAUUGUCCUGGAGGACAAUGGCUCUGUCUCUCCCAUCACCCAGCAGUAUCCUGCAGUGUCCAGUCUGCCAGACAUAGGGGUACCGAACAGCACAGAGGCCAGUGUGGAGGUCGAGGGGGGUCGGAAGCACAUCCUGCUGCUGGCCACCACCAGGACCGGCUCAUCGUUUGUGGGCGAGCUCUUCAACCAGCAGGGAGCCAACAUGUUCUACCUGUUUGAGCCGCUGUGGCAUGUGGAGAGGAAGCUGACCCUUGACACCGGGGUCAUCAACUCCUCGGCCGCUUCGUGGGCCUACAGGGACGUUCUCCGGCAGCUGUUCUCGUGCGACUUCAGCAUGCUGGAGCGCUUCAUCAGCCCGCCGCCCGAGGAGCAUGUGACCCCGGCCCUGUUCCGGCGCGAGUCCAGCACGGCGCUGUGCGAGGAGGAGGUGUGCUCGCCGGUGGUCAAGGAGGUGUUCGAGAGGUAUCGCUGCAGGAGCCGCCGCUGCGGCCCCCUAAACCUCACGCUGGCCUCGCUGGCCUGCCAGGCCAAGCAGCACCUGGCCAUUAAGACGGUGCGCGUACGGCAGCUGGACACCCUGAGGCCUCUGGCUGAGGACCCGCGGCUGGACGUGAAGUUCAUCCAGCUGGUUCGAGACCCCAGGGCCAUCCUGGCCUCCCGCAUGGUGGCCUUCUCCUCAAAGUACCAGAACUGGAAGACCUGGGCAGUGAAUGGAGAAGUGCCCAUCGAGGACGAGGAGGUGAAGCGCUUGCAGGGAAACUGCAACCAGAUCAAAAUGUCGGCUGAGCUGGGCUUGUCGAGGCCCAAGUGGCUGCAGAGGCGCUACAUGCUAGUGCGCUACGAGGACAUCGCCCGCUACCCAAUGCAGAAAGCAGCAGAAAUGUAUGAGUUCACUGGAAUCCCAUUCACAGUGCAGGCCAAAGAGUGGAUCCUUAGAAACACACAUGCAACAGAGGAGGCCAGUGGUGUUUACUCCACCCAGAAGAACUCCUCUGAGCAGGUGGAGAAAUGGAGGUUCAGCAUUCCUUUCAAAUUAGCCCAAGUGGUUCAGCAAGUGUGUGGGCCCACCAUGCAACUGUUUGGCUACAAGUUUGUGAAUAGUGAGCAGACUCUUCUUAACAAAUCAGUCAGUUUGCUUGAAGAAAGGGAAUUUAAUAUAACUUAGUGAUGGUUAUUUUUCUCUGUGUGUGUGUGUGUGUGUGUGUGUGUGUGUGUUUGUGUGUGUAUGUGUGCAGAUGUUGGAUGUAGGCUUGCACAUGGACAUUGCAUUUUUAUCCUUUGUUAUUUAUGGUUUACAUUAGAGGAGCAAAAUGGAUUUUAAAAUAUUUUAAGUAUCAAACUUUUCUUGAAAGAGAGAUUAUUGAGAAAUUGACAUAUUUAUAUUUCAUU